GUUGAUUUAUCUAUAUAUCUCACAUAGGAAAAACAAAACAAACGAACAUAGAUAUCAAGAUCAUUGGAAGAAAAUGUCAUCGUCAGGAUCCGACAAAGAGAGAGAGACUUUUGUCUAUAUGGCUAAGCUCUCCGAGCAAGCCGAGCGAUACGACGAGAUGGUGGAGACGAUGAAGAAAGUGGCGAGAGUGAACAGCGAGCUGACGGUGGAAGAGAGGAAUCUGUUGUCGGUUGGUUACAAGAACGUGAUCGGGGCAAGAAGAGCUUCGUGGAGGAUAAUGUCGUCGAUCGAGCAGAAGGAAGAGUCCAAAGGCAAUGAAUCGAAUGUGAAACACAUCAAGGGUUAUCGCCAAAAGGUAGAAGAUGAGCUUGCCAACAUUUGUCAAGACAUUCUCAACAUCAUUGAUCAGCAUCUCAUCCCUCACGCUACCUCAGGGGAAGCCACCGUCUUCUACUACAAGAUGAAAGGAGAUUAUUACCGUUACUUGGCUGAG